CAGAUGCUUCGAGUCUCCACGAGAUUGCGAAGGUUCUAGACGACCAAACAGAAAACCUUUUCACAUUUGAAGAAACCACAGCGUGGUGAUCAGUUGACUUGCAAUCUGAAAUCAUGGCGGCUCCUACCACAUCUUUACACGAAGAACUGUUGUCCCGAUCGAUUUCCUCCACUGCUGGAGAAUCAUUCCUGUACGCGUUCAUUGUAUCUGUAGGCACUGUUGGUAACUUUGCAGUUCUUCUGGUCUUGUACAAAAAUCAUCGUCUCCGGAACAUUCCCGCGUAUUUUGUUGUUUCCUUGGCGAUAUCUGAUAUCAUAAUGUUGGAUUUGUGCGCGCCAUUUUCAAUAGCAGUACUUAUGACUGGCGACUGGUUAUUUGGAGACCUACUCUGCCAGAUUCAAGGUUUCAUCGUCAUGUUGGUCGCCUGUGCUUCGUUAGGAACACUUGCUCUAGUUGCGAUAAACAGAUAUUUUCAUAUUGUCAAAACCUCACAGUACAGAGUUAUCUUCACUCCAAGGAAUGCAAUCCUCAUCAUACUCGGUGGAUGGGCAUCUGCCUUUAUCACACCUUUGACUUACACUGCGGCUGGUAAAGAUUACGUAUUCCAACCUGGAAAGUUCUUUUGUUUCAUGGAAUCGAAGUUCACUUUGCUCGUGCUACCCUUUUACGGUUUUAUUGCCAUCUCAAUGUUAAUUCUCAUCGUAUGCUACCUGAGUGUGUUCAAAGCGUUGAAAGCCCAUGAGAAAAACGUUGCAAACAAUCUUCGGAAAGGAAACACCCGCCAAAUAGUAAUUUCGUUGGAAGAUAUCAGGGUCACCAAGAUUUUAUUUGCUACUGUGGUAGGUUUCGUCCUGUGCUGGACACCAGUACUGGUGAUUGACAUUGUCGAUGCAUUUCUUGGGUCGGAAUGGGAGCUAACCCGUGGAACCUAUUACAUGUAUACCAUAUUUGGUAUUACAAGUUCCGCCAUUAACCCUAUAAUUUAUGGAGUCAUGAAUCCUUCCUACAGGAAAGCCUAUUGCCGGUUAUUCGGAUGCCGCCGAGUAGGUCGCGUCGGAGAUGUGCCAACUACCCAGGGACCGGAGCUGACGAAACAUGAAUUGAUCCCGCCAGCAAACGACGAUUCGUCGAAGACUUAUUCACAGCAGAUCCCACGGUCUGUUCACCAGGUUCCUUCUUCUGAUCAAGAGUGAGAGGGUCAUACGAAAGCCCCACUAAGGCAAAAUUAAGUUAAACUUUUAUCAAAAUGUACAAGACGAGCUGGCGUUUUACAAUGCAGCUAAAAAGUUCAAAAUAAUCAGGGAACUGUGUGGUACGCUGAUCAAGCACGAACUCCACAAAAAUCGAAUCCACGGUAAU